CUUUCUCUAUGCUUUGGUCAAUGACUGUCUUCAACAAAUUAUUUCCACCCAGUUUUUUUACUAUUUUCGUGAUUGUUUUGUAAGAAAAUCAACAAAAAUGACAUCAAAAAGUGAAAAAGAUCGUGCUAAACAAAUUCAAGACCGAUGCCAGAAUAUAUUGUUGCAAAUGUUGAAAGAUGAGGACAAUAAAUAUUGUGUAGAUUGCGAUGCAAAGGGGCCGCGCUGGGCGUCGUGGAACCUGGGCAUCUUCCUGUGCAUCCGCUGCGCCGGCAUCCACCGCAACCUCGGCGUGCACAUCUCCAAGGUCAAGAGCGUCAACCUCGACUCCUGGACGCCCGAGCAAGUCGUAUCCCUCCAACAGAUGGGCAACUCCCGCGCGCGAGCAGUCUACGAGGCCAACCUGCCCGACUCGUUCCGACGCCCGCAGAACGACUCCUCUCUAGAGGCCUUCAUCAGAGCCAAGUACGAGCAGAAGAAGUACAUAGCCAAGGAGUGGGUGCCGCCGCAGCUGCCGAAGGUCAACUGUUACUACUACUUCAGGGACAAGGAGAUCGACGAGGAGCUGGAGAAGCAGAAGCGCAAGAAGAAGUCCAGUUCCGCCAGCGCGCUGGGCCCGCUGCCCGCGCCCGCCGACAAGAAAUAUAACAAAUCGGACGUGAUACCGAGCAUACCGAAGCCCAAAUCCUCAGUGAGUCCGAAGCUCGGCAGAAACACCCCAACCGCCCACAGCGAGGCCAAGACCUCCAAUGGAUCAGCUGAUCUACUGGGCCUCGACACGGCGGUCAAGACGGAGACCAAGCCCACCACCAGCGCAAACGACGACAUAUUCUCCAGCUUCUUCUCCGCACCGCAGGAGAAGCCAGCCGAGCCCAAGCAAGAAGCCAAACCAGACCUGAAGGCCGAAGAGCAAAACUUCUUCAACCAAGCCGCUCCCACCGAGAAAGAAAAGUCCAAGCUAACUAAAGACAGCAUAUUAGCGCUGUACAGUCAAGCACCACCGGCCAAUUUAGCGAACCAAUUCAACUCACAGCCAUCUGCGAACCAAUUCAACUCACAGCCGUCUGCGUUCCAGUACGGGUCAUACCAGACUCCGUACAACAGCGUUCAGCCACAGAACGGGAUGCAGCAGCAGCAGUUUAAUCAGUUCCAAGGCAUGGGUCAGUUCCAGCAGCAACCGUUUGUGAGCCAGAUGCCCUCACAGCAGAUGGGAGCGUUUCCACAGAGCAAUCCUCAACCAUCUCUGUUCAACUCUGCCCAGCCUCAGACGCAGCAGGGGUUAAACCAGCAGUUUAGUGCAAUGAGCUUAGCGCAAGCAUUCCCGAAUCAGUUUACGCAACAGAACACAGGUGUCGCUAGCAACGUGACGUGGCAGUAGAAAGAGUAGAUUUUCAAUUUGGUUGCGUCAUAGUUUUGUUUUUAAGAACGCCAAUGAGGCAACGCUUUAGUAUUUGUCGGGCUGGUCCGAUGCAAAAUUAUUCGGCGUCGGUAUGAAUCGAAUUAAAAGAGCCCGUAUAUUUAAAGGCCGUCGUGUCGAUUAUUUUUAAUAGGUUUUUUUUACAUAUCUAUCUUCAGUUUACCCAUCUUUUUGCGACAGGGUUCAGGCAUAAUUAACUGCGUAUGCUGAUAUCAAACUAAAACUGUUUUUUUUGUGUUUAAAAUCAAAUAACUGUCUAUGUGUCUUUUGCAACAAAGUAUACAUAACUGGCUGACAAUAUGUAAAAAGAAUAGAUUUUUUAACUUAAAAUAGUACAAUGCAACAUAUUAUAUAAUGUUAGUCACUGAAUAUAAGCGCUAUUCUAAUUCUAACAUUAUUAAGGUUCAUGAUUUUGCGACCAAUAGAAGCAGUUUCACAUGUCCGUUUGAGAUUAGUUCUUAGCACUGCCAUAUUAGGCCCAAAAUCAACCCCUAAUGCGUCAAGAAUCUUAAGAUCUCAAAUGUAUAAGAUAAUAAUAGUUCCACGCUUGAAUUGUAUAUAUUUUAUUUUAUAAUUUGAUAUAUUUUUCAUAUUUUCCCCACAGAUGUUUUAACUUUAAUUGCACACUGCUACUUUGAAUAUAUUUGCACUAUGCUUGUAAUUUUGUGACGUCUUGAUUUGUGAUAAUCGCUUUGUCUGCAUAUUAUGUAAUGAAUAUAAUUUAUCUAUGUAUGUACAGGAGGAUGUUCGUUUUAGUCGGGAACCUUAGAUAAAAACAAAUUAAUGCAAAUGCACUCCUCACAACAAAAAAAAAGUUAGUUUACUUUUUUUAAAUGGGCUCACAGAUAACUUUUCAUUUGCCGAGUUUGUGAUUGGCAUGAUUAUUAGAAUGUGUUUUAAAUUGUAAAAAAAAAAAGUAACUAUCAAGUAAAAAUAAAAAUAUAUUUGCAUUUUUUACUAUUUAAAACAUAUUUUAGUGUCAACAGUGUAACAUUAUUAUUUCUAUUAAGGUUUCCUGUUAUUUUAAUUGGUGCAAAAAAUUAAAACUAUACAAGGUGUUGCAAAAAGGGAAAAAAUAAUAUUCAUUUUCCAUAGAAACUUAGUUGGUCACGUGACUUUUUACUAUGGAGAAUGAAUAUUUUUUUUCGCGAAUUUUGAAAUUCUGAUUUCAGUUUCGGGCUUAGAUAUGCCAUGCUGCACAUGCUGGUUUCGGCUUAGUAUACCCUUUUUGCAACACCCUGUAUAAGUAAACAAGAGAACUGCAAUGAGUAUUUUAGUUUAAAAAAAAAGAUUCUAAAAUAUAUUUUGAAAAAAAAAACGUUAUUUUUACUAAAUGAAAUGUAAACUUAUAAUUUUAUUUAAUCUUAGACUAAAUUAACUUGGCAUUUGAACUUAAAAUUUGAUUUAUUAAGUACCUACUAUUUUUUAUCAUAUAAACAGUGUUUUUCUUUUUUCUAUCCCUGAAAAAUGUUUAGUCAAUUUAAUCUUGGAAUAGUAUUCAUAGGAUGUUAAAAUAAAAUGUGCGUAUUUCCAUCUAAGACAUAUACAAAAAAAAAGUUUAUAAUGUUUGACUGAUUAAUUUUUUGUAAGGCAUCGUACACACCAAAUAGAACGCCACCAUACAAGUUACAUAUGUGGUAAAGUAAGCUAAAAGAGGGUAAAAGUCGUAGAUCAAAAGUUGUCCAGAAUGACCCCUGAGUUACCCCUACUACUAUACUUACCACUUUUGUAACAUCUACAAGUAUUUUAUAGUUUCUAUCAGGUCAGGACCAUGUCCAGUCGGGUUAAGGUCACUGCACAUAUACCCGUAAAUAA